AGACCACAGAGGAGGAGGGCAGCUGCUUACUUCGUGGCAGUGCUGCUGCUUUUAGAAGGAAACUCUGCAAAUGGUUUUGAACAAUAAGAGGAAGACCGUGGGAUGCCAUUUAACUCUUGAAUAGAAAGUCUUCAAAACUCUGGUCGGUUUCUCAAGAGAACAACAUCUUAAUCCGUAGAUCUCCUGCUUCCCGGGGAAUCGUACGUAACGUUACUCGGAGCCAUUAACAGAGGUUACGCUCAUGCAGCGUCUGUACGACUGCAUCCAUCCAACAUGAAGUGGCUUUGCAAGCUUGAGGAAUCGGAGAAGUUUUGGGAUGUGAAUCAAACUUGGCACACGGAUAAUCCGGAUUUCUCUCGGUGUUUUCACAACUCUGUGCUCUUCUGGAUACCUUGUAUUUAUCUUUUUGCAUGUUUGCCGUUCUAUGUUCUCUACCUCCGCCACCAUGAACAAGGUUACAUUCGCAUGUCACGGCUCAAUAAAGCAAAAACAUGUCUGUCUGCUUUGCUGGUGUUAAUUUGCUACGUGGAGCUUUUCUACACCAUUUGGAAUGUGACUCACAACAUCCCGGAACCCCCGGUUCUCCUCAUCAGUCCACUGAUACUUGGAUCUGCUAUGCUUGUUACCACUUGUCUGAUCCAAUACGAAAGAAUGAAAGGUGUCCGCUCGUCUGCCCUCCUGCUGUUUUUCUGGAUAUUGACAUUAUUGUGUGCCGUCAUACAGUUAAGAAAUAAAAUCUCCACGGCCCUUUCAGAGGCUGCGGGGAUUGACAGAGUACGCUUAACCCUUUUUGUGCUGUAUUUUAUAUUGGUGUUGGUCCAAUGCAUACUUUGCAUUUUCAAUGAUAAGCCUCCAUUUUUCUCCAAUAUUAAGAAAGAGCAGAAUCCGUGCCCCGUGUUAAAUGCCUCUUUCCUGUCUCAAGUUACGUUCAGCUGGUUCACAGAAAUAAUGUUUAGAGGUUACAAGCAGCCGCUAAAAGGUGAAGACAUCUGGUCUCUGAGGAAGUGCGACACAGCUGAAGAAAUUCUGGAUACUUUUUCAAAGGCUAUACAGAGCGAAUGGCACAAAGCAAAACCGUUGGAGGUGAUGACGUCAUUCCCUUCUUCAUUACCUCUGGACCAUCAUGAUCGCAUAUCUCAAGCGGAAAACGAGGUUCUCCUAAAGAGUCCAAGCAUGCAGAUGACCCCAAGCUCGCUAUUAAAGAUAAUCUUUAAAACCUUUGGGCUGAGCUAUCUGCUGAGCACACUGCUCAUGGCUUUGUUCAUAGCCUUCAUGUUCAUAAGUCCUCAGCUCAUGAGCUUGCUGCUGGAUCGAUUGAAGAAUCCCUCAGCCCCGGCUUGGCAAGGGUUUUUGGUUGCCGUCUUUCUCCUGGUUUGCCCUUGUUGCCAAUCCCUUUUUCUUCAUCAACAUGACUAUUUUUGCUAUACCGUUGGCAUGAGACUCCGGUCGGCCAUCGUGGGCAGCGUGUAUAAAAAGGCUUUAGUGAUUUCCAGCGCGGGAAGGAAGAACUGUUCUGCUGGUGAAAUUGUUAACCUGAUUUCUUCAGACAUACAGAAGCUUAUGGACCUGGCCACUUGUUUAAAUUAUUUGUGGUCUGCUCCGCUCACAGUCAUCGUGGCAAUGUACUUUCUGUGGCAGACGUUGGGUGUUGCAGUGUUUGCGGGUGUUGCAGUGUUUAUUUUGAACCUUCCAUUCAUGACUGCGUUUGGUGUGAUGGUAAAGAAAAUGCAGGAGGAACAAAUGAAACAAAAGGACAGUCGAAUAAAGCUAAUUUCAGAGAUCCUACAGGGCAUUAAGGUCCUUAAACUGUACGCGUGGGAGAACGCAUUCAUGAGGAAAGUGAAUGAUUUCCGGCUGAAGGAGAUGAAGGCUGUGAAGAUUGGCGCUCUGAUGUUUUCUGGAGCACUUGCUUUAUUUGUGGCCUCUCCUAUCUGGGUUUCCUUAACCAUGUUUGGAGUAUUCCUGUCAGUUGACGAUCAUAAUGUUCUUGAUGCACAGAAAGCCUUUGUCUCCAUUAUGUUACUUAACAUAUUAAGGAUUCCCCUGCGUAUGUUUCCACAAGCCAUCACCUUAUUAGUACAGUCUUCAGUUUCCUUGACUCGACUGGCCAAAUAUUUCUCAGAAGAAGAACUGGAACCAGGAAAUGUGGAUAUUAUCGAUUCUCUGAGCAAAAGCGAUAUCACCAUAGAAGAUGGCACAUUCACGUGGGCCUCUUCAGAGCCUCCAUCACUUAGGAGCAUCAACAUAACCAUUCCAAAGGGCUCGCUUGUUGCUGUUGUUGGCCAAGUUGGAUGUGGGAAAACAUCGUUAUUGUCCGCGUUACUUGGGGAGAUGGAGAAAGUUGAAGGACGAGUUGCUAUGAAGGGCUCUGUUGCCUAUGUUCCCCAACAAACAUGGAUUCCUAAUGCGACCUUUAAGGAAAAUGUCCUUUUUGGAAGGCGGUUUGAAAAAGACUGGUAUGACAAUGUUAUUCGUGCAUGCGCAUUGCUUCCAGACUUAAAAAUUCUUUCUGGAGGUGAAAAUACAGAAAUCGGAGAAAAGGGAGUGAACUUGUCAGGAGGACAAAAGCAGAGAAUCAGCAUCGCUCGAGCCGUGUAUAGAAAGUGUGAUGUGUACUUGUUGGACGACCCUCUCUCUGCGGUGGACGCUCAUGUCGGACAACAGCUGUUUGAAGAAGUCAUUGGUCCUAAGGGUUUGCUGAAAGAUAAAACGCGAGUUCUUGUAACUCAUGGAAUUAGCUUCCUGCCGCAAGUGGACAAGAUCAUCGUUCUGUCCGAUGGAAGAAUCUCCGAGGCGGGCUCGUAUUCGGAACUUCUACAGAAAAAUGGAUCCUUCUCUGAAUUCCUCCAGACAUAUGCCAAUAACUCUGAGCAGGCGGAGGAACCUCCUUUAGAAAAAACUGCUCAGGGCGCUGAAUGUUGUGAAUCGGUGGAAGGAAGCAAGAAAGUACACCGUGAAAAUUCUGUAAGGGAAGAAAUUUGUCUGGAUGCCGAUAACAGAGAGAAUGAGGAUUACGCAGAUGCUGGGAAACUAACAGAGGCAGAUGUUGCACUCACUGGCAGGGUAAAACUGUCGGUGUAUUUGGAGUAUCUCAAAAUCAUGGGGAAGUGGUACCUGAUUCUCAGUGCUGUAUUUUUUAUUAUCCAACAAGCUGCUGCAUUGGGUCAUAAUUACUGGAUUGGAUUGUGGGCUGAUGAUCCUGUAGUAAACGGAAUGCAGCAACACACAAGCUUACGUCUUGGGGUGUAUGGCUUUUUAGGGAUGUUGCAAGCUCUGGGAAUUUUUGCCGCGUCUGCCUCUAUAAUAAUAGGGGGAGUCUCGGUUUCCCGUCAGCUUCACUCCAGACUCCUCUACAGUAUACUUCGGUGUCCUCUAAGUUUUUUUGAACGCACGCCUAGCGGAAACCUUACAAACCGAUUCUCCAAGGAGAUGGACACUAUAGACAAUGUGGUGCCGCAAAUACUGAUGCUGUUCUUGUUGAUGUCGCUGACCAUAGUGGAGAUUUUGUUGGUUAUUGCGAUAGCCACGCCACUUGCUGCAGUGGCUUUUAUUCCUCUGGGGCUCUUGUAUUUCUUUCUACAAAGAUUUUAUGUAGCUACAUCUCGGCAGCUGAAACGCUUGGAUUCUGUUAGUAAAUCUCCCCUCUACACUCAUUUUAAUGAAACCUUGCAAGGAGUGAACGUCAUUCGAGCCUUCAGAGAGCAAGAGCGAUUUGUUCAGGAGAGCAAUCUGCGCCUUAACACCAACCAGCGCUUCUAUUUCUCUAGCUUCGUUGCCAAUCGGUGGCUGAGUAUUCGCUGCGAUCUCCUGAGUAAUUUCAUAGUUUUCAUAGUGGCUAUCGUUGGUGUCCUGUUCAGAGAAAGCAUCACCCCCGGACUGGUUGGCCUAGCUGUAGUGAACUCAUUACGGCUAACUGGGGUUUUAAAAGAGGCCGUUCACGCCGCCACCGAUAUGGAAACCAACUCUGUCGCUGUGGAGAGGGUCAAGGAAUAUUGUGAUGCGGAACCGGAGGCUCCAUGGACUUCUGAUCAUGCAUCUGAACUAGACGGCUGGCCUAGUGCGGGUAGAAUUGAGUUCCAGGAUUAUGGUCUAAGAUACAGAAAGGACCUAGAAUUUGCUCUGAAGAAUGUCACCGCAUCUAUCCAACCAGGAGAAAAGAUUGGAAUAGUUGGACGAACAGGAGCUGGGAAGUCCUCACUCACCCUAGGUUUGUUUCGAAUUCUUGAGCCGGCAACAGGAAAAAUAUGCAUUGAUGCAACAGAUGUUUCAAAUCUAGGACUUCAUGAACUUAGAUCGAAAUUAACAAUAAUUCCACAGGACCCGGUUUUAUUUUCUGGAUCUUUACGAAUGAAUCUUGACCCAUUUGAUAAUUAUUCAGAUGAAGAUAUAUGGGUUGCUUUGGAGUUGGCUCAUUUAAAAUCAUUUGUGGCAACCUUACCAGAUGGACUAGAACAUAUCUGCACUGAAGGAGGAGAGAAUCUAAGUGUUGGCCAGCGGCAGCUGGUGUGCUUGGCGCGAGCAUUGCUGCGUAAAACAAGAAUCCUGGUGCUAGAUGAAGCCACAGCCGCUGUGGACUUGGAGACUGAUGACCUCAUCCAGUCAACCAUAAGACAAGAGUUUAAAGAUUGCACCGUGAUAACCAUUGCUCAUCGACUCAACACAAUCCUAGAUUACACAAGAAUUGUGGUUUUUGACAAAGGGGAAAUUGUGGAAUUUGACACUCCUUCAAGACUUCUGCAGAAUAAAGGACUGUUUUAUUCCAUGGCAAAGGAUGCUAACAUUAUUUAAAUAUUCUGUUGUCAUACUGACUAACGGUUAUGCCUAGACAAAACGGGUAAAUAAAAAAUGUCAUUUAAUUCCAAAUGGCCACACUUUGUAGCUCCAGACUACUGGGUCUCUGGUGCAGCCUUUUGAUCUGCAGCAAGGAUGGAGUUGUGCGCAGCUCUGCCUAUUUCCUGCCUGGCUCCAUCCACUCCCCACCAACCAGGCCCCUAAGCGUCCCUAGUCCAAUCUAGCUCAACUAGGUGUCUUCUCACGCAUGGAAAACUAGGUGGGAGCCCCCGGUGUAUGAUGGACCAAAUGUAAGGAAUAGAGUUUUAAGAAGAGAUCUAGAAGAAGUGCAGCACAAAA